CAGUGUCCCUCGGACACAGCGGAUCACCGAUCACGGAAAGAGCCGAAGAUGUUGGCUCGGUCAUGUGAUCAGCUGUGUCCAAUCACAGCUGAUCACAUGGCACAUGUACACUGAUCAUCAGGGCACUGAUGAUCAGUGUGCCCUGAUGAUCAGUGUAGCCCCAGCAGUGCCACCUGUCAGUGUCCAUCAGUGCCUUAUGUCAGUGCUCAUCAGUGCCUCGUGCCAGUGCCCAUCAGUGCCACAUCAGUGCCACAUAUCAGUGCCUACCAGUGCAUAUCAAUGCCACAUAUCAGUGCCCAUCUGAGCUGCCUUUCAGUGUCACCCAUCAGUGCCACCUAUCAAUGCCAAUCAGUGCCACCUAUCAGUGCUGCCAAUCAGUGCCGCCUAUCAGUGCCAAUCAGUGCUGCCUAUCAGUGCGCAUCAGUACCACCUAUCAGUGCCUGUCAGUGCCACCUAACAG